CCUCAUCUUGAGAAAUCCUCCACAUCUUAGAAAUAUCUGCAGUAAAAAUCAUCAGCCCUUUAACCCUUGACAGCCUCUUAUAUUUUAAUGGACAGGGAAGAUAGUGUUUUGCAUAGAGAAGUAACAUUUUUAAUAUCCCAUUAGGUCCUAAGUACCUCAGAAACUCUACUAGUUUAUAACAUCCUAGCAAAGAAGAUGGCAGUCUCUAGCACUAAUGAUUUUCAGGCUACAGUUCAGAGUAGUUAUGACAAAAUGAGUGAGUUAAAAGCCUUUGAUGAUACUAAGGCUGGUGUCAAAGGGCUUGUUGAUGCUGGAAUUUCUGAGGUGCCUCAAAUAUUCAUUCUACCACCAAAAAACAGACCAGAGUCCUUGGAUACACAUGAAACACGGUUCAAUUUUCCAGUGAUAGACCUUGAAGGUAUUGCCAAUGAUCCAAUCAAGCAUAAAGAGAUUGUGGACAAAGUUCGAGAUGCAUCGGAGACAUGGGGUUUCUUCCAUGUGGUUAAUCAUGGAAUUCCAACAUCCGUCCAGGAAGAAAUGCUGCAAGGAGCACGACAGUUUUUUGAGCAAGAUGUCGAGGUUAAGAAAAAGUAUUACUCUCGAGAUACUACGAAAAAGGUUCUUCACUCUAGCAAUUUUGAUUUGUAUAGCCCUUCUGUUCCAGCUGCAAAUUGGAGAGACUCACUUUUCUGUUUAAUGGCUCCUGAUCCUCUCAGUCCAGAAGAAUUGCCAACAGCAUGCGGAGAUAUACUAAUGGAGUACUCUAAGCAUGUGAUGAAAUUGGGCUGCUCCUUGCUUGAAUUAUUGUCAGAAGGUCUCGGUCUUGAUCGUUGCCAUCUGAAAGAUAUGGAUUGCGCAGAGGGCCUCGGUAUUUUGGGCCAUUAUUAUCCAGCAUGCCCUCAGCCAGAACUCACGAUAGGCACCAACAAACAUUCUGACAAUGAUUUUAUCACAGUGCUCCUACAAGAUCACAUCGGAGGACUCCAAGUGCGUCACCAGAAUCAGUGGGUUGAUGUUCCUCCUACACCGGGUGCUCUUGUGGUGAACAUGGGAGAUCUUCUGCAGCUUAUUUCAAAUGACAGGUACAUAAGUGUUGAGCACAGAGUAUUGGCAAAUAAAGUUGGACCAAGAAUAUCAGUUGCAUGCUUCUUCUACACAGGUUCAAUGCCAUCUUCCAAGCUUUAUGGACCGAUUACUGAAUUGUUGUCAGAAGAUAAUCCUCCAAAAUAUCGUGCAACUACAGUGAAAGACUACCGUGAUCACUUCCGUAAAAAAGGUCUAGAUGGAACUUCUGCAUUGUCGCAUUACAAGAUCUAAU